AUGGAUGCAUAUUCAGGCUACAACCAGAUACCCAUGUACGGGCCAGAUCAAGAACAUACUUCUUUUAUAACCGAUAGGGGGUUAUACUGUUAUAUAGGGAUGCCAUUUGGGUUGAUCAACGCCGGGGCAACUUAUCAGCGACUGGUGAGCAUGAUGUUCAAAGAUCAGAUCGGUAAGACUAUGGAGGUUUAUGUGGAUGAUAUGUUGGUCAAAUCCAAGGAGGCGCAAGAUCACAUUCAGCACUUGGCUGAAAUGUUUGACAUACUUAAGAAGUAUCGAAUGAAGCUGAAUCCCCAGAAGUGUGUGUUUGGAGUUGAAUCUGGCAAAUUCUUGGGGUUCAUGGUAAACCAUCGAGGGAUCGAAGCUAAUCCUGCAAAGAUCAAGGCACUACUCGAUAUGAAGUCUCCUCAGAAUGUUAAGCAGGUUCAGAGCCUUACAGGAAGGAUAGCGGCAUUAAAUAGAUUCGUGUCCAAAUCCUCGGAUAGAUGCAAGGAGUUCUUUAAAGCCAUCAAGGAUGCAGGGAAGACACAUUCCAUUAGUGCUGUCCUUGUGAAGGAAGAAAAGGAUGUUCAAUUCCCAGUAUAUUAUGUUAGCAAAAGGCUACAAGAUGCUGAGACAAGAUACACUAGCAUGGAAAAGUUGGUAUACUCUUUGGUCUUAGCAGCAAGGAAACUUCGUCCAUACUUUCAGGCACAUAAGAUUGAGGUGAGAACUUCUUACCCUCUCCGUCAGAUUAUGCAUAAGCCAGAAGCAACGGGGAGAUUGAUGAAGUGGGCUGUAGAGCUAGGACAAUUUGAUUUGGAAUAUAAGCCUAGGGCUACUAUCAAGGGUCAAGCUCUGGCUGAUUUCUUGCUAGAAUUUGAAGAUGAUACUCAAGAAUGGGCAAUAGUGCCGUAUAGUCCCAACGUUGAGCCCAUUAACGGUCUUUUGGUGGAGGAUGACACAUGGUGGAACUUGCAUGUCGAUGGAGCUGUCAACUCUGACGGAGCUGGGGUUGGGAUAGUUUUGGUUAAUCCUGGGGGGUGUAGGUUGUUAAGUGCCAUCCACCUAGGGUUCCCCGCAACCAAUAAUGAUGCAGAAUAUGAAGCUUUGAUCAAUGGUCUAUCCCUAGCCAUGGAAAUGAAGGCUAGGAACCUUAUUGUGUACAGUGACUCGAUGUUGGUGGUCCACCAGGUAAAUGGGGGGUUCUUAGCUCGAGGUUGGAGGACGAACUUAUACAUGACCCACACGCAAGAAUUGAUGAAAAAGUUCAAGGAGGUACAUUUGGAAAAGGUUCCUCGCGAGAAAAAUGAAGGUGCUGAUGCAUUGGCCAAGGCCAGUUCUAGAAGGGACACCAAGUUAUUAGGAACUAUCCAAUUCUGUGUUCAGGAGAAGCCAAGAGGGUCAGCUCCCGGAAGCGUAAAGGAAGCCAGAUGUCUCAGAUACAAAGCAGCAAGAUUUGUCAUAUAUGAUGGUGUCUUGUACAAGAGAGGGUUCAACCAGCCAUUGCUGAAGUGCAUUGCAGGGGACGAUUGCAACUACAUCUUGAGGGAAGUACAUGAAGGAAUAUGUGGCAAUCACUCGGGAGGUAGUUCACUUGCUUUAAAGAUCCUUAGGCAAGGAUACUACUGGCCGACUAUGAGGAGUGAAGCAAGCAAGUUCGUGCAAGCGUGUGACAAGUGCCAGCGAUUUGCCACAUAUUCAUCUCGUCCUGCAGCAAGUCUGACUCCGUUACUCAGCUCAUGGCCAUUCGCUUUGUGGGGGAUAGAUCUCAUUGGAGAGCUUCCAAAGGCCAAAGGAGGAGUCAGGUAUGCAGUAGUAGCAGUUCAUUACUUUACGAAAUGGGCCGAGGCCGCACCUCUAGCAACCAUUACUGCUAAGAAGAUAACGAGCUUUGUAUUCAAUUCAAUCGUGUGCAGAUUUGGUAUCCCAUACAAGUUAAUAUCUGACAAUGGGAAACAAUUCGAUAGCAAAGAGUUGAAGAAGCUGUGUGAUGACUUGAAUAUAAGGAGAAACUUUGCAGCUGUGUACCACCCACAAAGCAAUGGAAAGACUGAAGCAAUCAACAAAAUUAUCAAACACACACUGAAGGCCAAGUUGGAAGAGAAGAAGGUUGAUUGGCCGGAGGAGCUUCCAAUGGUACUAUGGUCAGACAACACUACGCCAAGGACAACUACUGGGGAGUCGCCAUUCAUGUUGACCUAUGGUUGUGAGGCAAUGGUUCCAGUGGAGGUCGGAGCAGGUUCAUUCAGGAGAGAUCACUUCCAGGAAGAGGCCAAUGCUGUCAACCAGAGGCUACAUCUUGAUAUGCUGGAAGAAGUCAGGAGGGAGUCACAAGUUAGGUUGGCAACAUAUCAGCAGAGGACGGCACGAUUCUACAACAGUCGAGUCAAGCCCAGACCAUUUAAGGUGGGGGACUUGGUGCUGCGCAAAAUGAUGCCAGGGAUGAAGGUGCCAGGCCAUGGAGUGUUCGGGGUAAAUUGGGAAGGACCCUACCGUAUUCGAGCUGAAAUCUUUGGAGGAGCAUACUACUUGGAGGACAUGCAGGGAGAGCCCAUUUCCAAAGCAUGGAAUGCUGAACAUCUGAAGAAGUACUAUCAAUAG